AUGAGGAACAUUCUUAUAUUCGCCCUUUGCGCUCUGGCUUCCAGUGCCGCUGAGGCUCCCGGGAGCAGUCAUAGCCCCUCUUUCAAAUUCGGAACCGUCCACGGAGAGCCCGAUGACUACGCCAACUCGACCAGUGUCCAAGUCAAAAAUUUCAAAGAAUGCAUCGAAAAGUGCUCGGCAAUAUUCGACUGCAUUGUCGCGAGCCAGAAGAGCCCAUCGGAGCCGUGUAACUUGUUCCUCUGGAAUUCGGUGGAAAAAGUGAAACGGAACGAUUCCGGCGGGGAAGGACUGACGGCGUUCCGCGUGUUCACCGAGCAACCGAGCUGUAAGCUUAACGUGGCUCUUUUGUUGAAUGGGAAGAAAUAUCAAAUAUAUUCGAAUGACACUCAACACUACCUGUGGACAAUUAACGCGGCGGCGGAUGGCUGGACUAUCAAAUACAGUAGGAGCUAG